AUGGCGCAGUUGAAUAACGACAGUAAACAAAACAUCGAUUGCACAGAGAUCCUAAGCCCACAACCAUUUACUCCUCCAAGCAAAGGCUUCCUUAUAUCCUCCCUCGAGUCCACCAACGUGCCGGUGCCCUCCCUUGCCGAUAAUGCCCAGAUGUCCUCCACCCAAGACCAUGAAUACAACUCCUCUUCUUCAUCCCGUCAUUCAACAAGCGACGUCUUCGGCCGUGAAAUGGACGAUGAGCUAGACCAACUGAAAUCCAGAGCCUCGAGUCGCUCGUCACUAGCUUCGACCCCAGCCUCCGUCCUCAUCCACCCAGUCGACAGAAUGAAUAAAAUGCCAGAGAUGGACAUCAACGAAAAGAUAGCCGGCUACAGAAUGGAGGAGUCCGAGUUCGGCGACUUCAAUGACAACCCCGCUAACAACCGCACCAUCCGGCAGCGCGAAGCCGCCUUCCGAAAACCGAGUUCCGUCCGGGCGAUGCAAAUGCACACAGAAGACGAAGCCGAUGACGACGAUUAUAUAACGCCCCCGCGACGACGACAAGGUCUCCGGUCACGGUCACCCGGCCCCUCCCCACUGAGGCGAUCACCGUAUUACUCGCCAAAUGCACCGAAACAGCCGAAGCCCAAGAGGGAGGCUCCCCUCGUGCUGCUGCACUGCACCUUGCUCCCGCCGUCCAUCCCAGUACCUGGAGCAUCGGACCCGAGGAACCAGGAUAUCCUGGAAGAAGAGCUACCGGCGCAAUACUGGAGGCGCUGGCGGCGGCUGCAAGACCGGGUGGGAUCGAGCGUGCUGCGCGAUCGUGGCGUGCUGAUCUCGCACCCGGAGGACCUGUACGAUAUCCUGGAGGAGCGGCUGUUGGAGAGUCUUGAGUUGAAACGACCACGUCUUCAGAACGGGCACUUCGUGGGACAGGACGACAAUGACUCUAGCUCUGGCUCCGAUGGGGAAUUCUCGGAUAUCGGAGAGAGCGAGACGGACGGCGAGCAGGGGGAUGAGUGUCCCGACUGUGGGAAGCAUGUGCAGCAUGGAGAUAGUAAUCGUAAAUGGGAGAUUCAGGUGUUUGCCGCGAAUGGAUUGAUGCGCGCUGGGGCGUGGGCUGCUGCGUGGCGCGAUAUGGAGAAGGUUGAUGUCGAGGUCGGGCUUUGGUUGCCCUCUGAUAUUCGCGAUAAUUUGGAGAGGAGGCUUGCAGAGAAGCAGAUGGCAGUUGUGGAGCAGGCGAAUAGUCAGAUACCGCAGAUGUCGCCGUCGGUUGAUGGUAGGCAGCAGGUCCCACCGGAGUUUUUGCAGUCGCCUAGGCAGGGCCAUGCCCGCAUGGUCAGUGAUACGGGGUCUUUCACGACGUCUGAUGAUAUGACUUUCAGGCAGGCUUUCCCUGAAGCUGGAGCCCGUCUCGACCAUACACCUGAGCUUGGACUGGAGAAGAAGGAACAUGAACCUGCUCUUUCGACCCUCCUCAUCAAUUACAUCCGUGUUCUGGCGGCCGAUAAGCGCAACCUUGCCCUGCUUCUUCUCAGUGUCCUUGUGGUUUUUCUUGCUAUCGGUUCCCGUCAGCAGCAAGUCCACGUCUACUCCCAUUUCUCACAAGGCUCGGCUCAUGAGAUCCUGCCCUCCUCGGCUGUGCCGAAUCUGAGUGUGGCUCCAUCUCUGAUUCCUUCUGUCUCUAUACCGAAUUCCGAUUUUUCGACGUCUGAUUUAGUGGAGUCUGCUUCUCUGAUUGUUGACUCUCUUGAUUCUCAUGCUCAGGCUCAAGUUGAGGAGGAUGAAAAUCCUUCUUCUUUGUCUGAUGUCCCCGUUGAGUUUUCUGUGCCUUUCGAGCUCAUGGAGCCUACCCGGACUACGCAACUUCCCCUUGGGGGCGACCCAGAGACUCCUUUGGAUGACACUGUGGACUCUACUGCUAUGCCUUUAGAGUCCUCUCCUUCUUCCACUGACCCUAUCGAGUCUCCCGUUUUGUUGGAUGAGACUGCCCAGUCUGAUAAUCAUGGCGAAGAAGAAGAGCACGAAAAAGACGAAAAAACAGAUUGA